AUGUUAGCUUACCAUCAGAUAAAGCCUGAAGACUCCACAAUGCUUAUUCAUAAGACUUCGGAAUACGUGAUGAAAAUACUAACAACCAGCGUUGUCGACAUAAACUCUGAUAAUGAAAUUACUCUAACAAUCAUGGACAACAACCCAGACGCAGCUGCAAGACUUGACGUCGACCUUAUCAUAACCGACCUUCAGGGAACUACAUGA